AACAGUGGUGCAAUAUCCAAACUGACAGGUUCAGCAAAUUUAAGUCAGAGUUGUGCAAUUUUUCUUUAUUCCGCCCUUUGGCGGCGUCUGAAAAAGGUCGAAGGAAGUUUCUAGAUAAUUAAGCCAUGUGUUGUGCAGUAGAAUAUCCCCCGUUGUCUCAGAAAAUGGGCAUGACAGAUCGCGGAUGUUUAUUAUAUGCGUUGGCAACGAAAAAGGAGAAAGUGAAAGAAAAAAUAAAUUCACUGAAAGAAAGAAAAAUACAGGCGAAGGAAGAUGUUAAAACAGAAUUACAGGAACCAAAGACGGACAUUCAAGAAAAAGCAGAAAAGUGCAAAGAAUCCACGAUGGCAACUGAAGUAGCCGACAAUAAGGAAAAGGGAAAGAAGAAAAAAUGGAAGUCAGUUCCUUUGACAGACCUUGGAUUCAACAUAUCUCUUUUCCCAAGGCCAACUCGGCCCGAGCGUAUAGACCCUGAGGAGGAGGCCAGAAUAAUUGACCAAAUAGAAAAUGAACUUGAAGAAUAUGAUUCUGUUGUUGAAAAGUACAGGGAGUUUGACACAACGGAAACCGAACUGUUUGAGGGAAACUGUAAGAAAAAUGACAAACUUGCGAGGAAAGACAGAGAUAGAAAAGUUAGAAAAGCUGGAAAGCAAGUGAAGGAUAAGUACUGUACCAGUGUUAAGAAUAACAAGGGGCGCGAAAAGCUUUUUAUUCAUCACCGCUUGUUCAAACUUAUCAACCUUGAGGUUCAACGGCUGACACACUUUUUGCCUUCUCGGUCAAAUUACAGAACGAUUGACUUUAAAUCUAAUAAAAGUUCAGAUGAAACCAAAUCAAGAUUAAAACCAUAUGCACCUAUUCCUAGUAAUCACCGACCAGCACCAGUUCAGAAUCUACGCUUUGCACUUCAAAACACUAAUGCAGCUUCACAUUUUGAUUCAAGCCUUGUUAACGUUUUAAUAAAUUUGCAGCAUCGGGAUUUAACACCCGAAGAUUACGAGCUCCUUUUAAGACUUGAUGAAUCUGUCGCACCAAAAACUGUUGAUAAGUCUUUGCUUGACAACUUCAAAUCUGACAUUGUUGAUGACAGUUGCAGCGGUGAUAUUUGCCCAGUUUGUAUGGAUGCUUAUGAAAUUGGACAGAAUAGAAAGUUUCUGCCCUGUAAUCAUGUCUUUCAUGCUAAAUGUAUCGAGAUGUGGUUGGAAAAUUCUUCAAGGAAUUGUCCUAUAGAUAAUUUACCUGUUGAUGAACCUUCAUGACACCAAAAAGUACUUAUUUUUUCAUAAUUACUUUAUUUAAAUACAGUUCAGACUUUACUUUCGUGGCAUUUACACUAUUGCUCUAGAAAACGCUCAUAACUAUUUAUCCUUGUUAUUACUGGAAUAUUUGUAAGUGCCUUUCAGUUAGUACUAAUUGUUCGACUAUAGCAAACAUAUACAUUUCCUUUCAUUGAACAGAACGAUAUACUGCUAUUUCAUUACUGAAAUAAAUUUGAAAACAUU